AUUAGUACAUUCAGAAACCACAUUCAGUAAGCUCAUCUUUUGAAGAAAAAAAAAUGGAGAGAAAAUCUCAAGCCAAACCAAUUCUCUUCUUCUUUGUUUUAGUUUCGGCACUAAUCGAAACUUCCUACGCCGGUGACAUCGCCAUCUAUUGGGGCCAAAAUGGUAACGAGGGUACCCUGAGUGAUACAUGUGCCACCGGCAGAUAUAAAUACGUUAACAUAGGUUUCCUUAACACCUUCGGCAAUGGUGCCACUCCUGGACUCAACUUGGCCGGUCACUGUAGUCCAGCAUCCAACGGUUGCACCUCUCUUAGCGGUGAAAUAAAAAGUUGUCAAAACCAAGGAAUCAAGGUCAUGCUCUCCCUUGGAGGUGGCGCGGGAAGCUACUCACUCGCUUCUCAAGAAGACGCCAAAAGCGUAGCUGAUUAUCUAUGGAACAACUUCUUGGGCGGUACCUCGUCUUCUCGUCCGUUGGGUGAUGCUGUGUUGGACGGAAUUGAUUUUGAUAUUGAGGCUGGGUCAGGUCAAUAUUGGGAUGACCUUGCUCGUUCUUUAUCAGCUUAUAGUAGCCAAGGAAGAAAGGUGUAUUUAACAGCAGCUCCUCAGUGUCCAUUUCCUGAUGCUCACUUGGGAACUGCCAUUAAUACAGGUCUCUUUGACUACGUAUGGAUUCAGUUUUAUAACAAUCCCCUGGCUCAAUGCCAAUACGCUUCGGGCAACACCAAAGACAUUUUGAAUUCGUGGAACCAAUGGACUUCUAUAAAUGCAGGAAGUAUAUUUUUAGGGUUGCCGGCAUCACCGGAGGCGGCUGGAAGUGGAUAUAUUCCACCGGAUGUAUUAACUUCUCAAAUUCUUCCGACGAUCAAAAGUUCAGGCAAGUAUGGUGGUGUUAUGCUUUGGUCAAAGUUCUUUGACAAUGAUUACAGUGCCGCUAUUAUAAAUAGCGUGUGAGCAAAGUCUUGCUACUUCUCGUUCUCUCUUAAGGACACUGCCUUAACGCGGUCUUCUUUAACAGGAUAAUAAUUUUGAGAGAGAAUUAUAUUUCAAUAUUUUCCCUUAUGUAUUGAUUAUCCUUCACAUAUAGAAUUUAAGAAAUAAAUAAGUGUAAACUAUUAAGAUAAUUUAACCAAAAA